ACAGGUAGACAAAAUGCACAAAAACUAAGGGUACUCCAAGUGAUAUGCCACAACAACAGUUUUAUUUCAAAUGAAUGGCAGGCAACAAUACAAUGUGUGUGAAUAUUGGCAGUGUAUGUGCAUAUUGUGUGUGUUUGUGCAUGCAUUCUUCAGAGCCAUAUGGCACUCUUAAUCAGUCACAAUAGCCUCGUUGCACGGUAACCGUAAAUUCUACUUCCGCUGUUACUGUAUGCGCUUCUAAACUUCCGGUGUGAUAUCGGUGAACGUCAAACAUGGCGAGUUUCUACACUAGAUGCCUGCAGGAUCUCCCAAACAUUUCCAUCUCAGAUGUCCACCGACUUGUUCGGAUGGGCAGUUCUACACCGAAGAGCAAACGUGAUAAGGGAUACAAAAUGUACCUAUCCAGUUAUAUCGACAAUUAUGAAGAUGACUUUUGAGAACAGCUCACCUGUUCAGAUUGCUGUGGCAGAGUGUUCCUGUGUGGCCGGAACAGCACUCUGUAACCAUAAUGUGGCGCUGUUAUAUCAAACGGCGCACUACUCCACACUCAAUCUUAAGGCAGUGCCUCCUGUCCUUAGCUGCACAGAAACGGAGCAGCAAUGGCACAAACCAAGAACAAUGGGUGUGAAACCAGGCAGAGUAGGUGACAUGGUCAUCAUUUCAACACGGCCAAAGUCCAGGCAGUACACGGUAGCAGAUGGUGUAAGGAGUAAGCGCUACAAGGCUGUGCAAGGGGACUUGCCAGACCCAGAUGUCCUGAAAGUAGAUGAGGCAUACAAGGACUUCACUGCAGACAUUGCUCCACUCAUCACCACCAUGGCAAUAAGCAGCGAUGUUCCACUUGUUGAUUCGGCCUACGGACCAGUCCAGGAAGGUAGCCCCAUCUCCUACCAACAUCCAGUGCCACUGAGUCGGGUAGUAGGGGAGAGUGGGGACGGUUGCAACACUUUUUGCUUUUCCUUGUGUAUCUAA